UUAUACUGUGGUUGGAGUACUUGGAGUGGACAGUUACGACAGUAAACUGAGUAAACUCGCGGUCGCGACUCCGAGGAGGGAUUCCGGAAUGGAAAACGGAAUCCAGAAUAGAGGAACGACACGAUUCCAACGAUCGUAAACUAGAAAACCUUUUAUCGAGUUUGUUUUCCGAGACGGCGCGGCGCAUUGGAAUCUCCCAAGCUAUCGAGCACGAAUGUAGUAUCACUAACGAGAAUGCGACGUACUAUAACGCGGUGCGUGUAAAACGUUGCAAAAUGGAAAGAAUGCUCGAGGACCGUCUGAGGGAGAGGGUUUGCGUCGGCGACACGGACGGCGUGAAAGAUCUCUUGAAUCUAGGCGUCGACGUUAACGCGCGAGAUCCCGACAGCGGAUGGACUGCUCUACAUUGGGCGUGCAAAGAGGGAUACUUGGACAUGGUUGCUCUACUCCUGAAAAGUGGCGCCGACGAAACUCUGCGAUCUGAAAUAGGCGAAACCCCAGGGUCUGUCUGCAGCAACCAACAGAUCUUGUAUCUUCUAAACACAAACGAUGAUCUUGAGCGGAUCAUGUACGAUUCGUCGUUACGCGCGGUCACAUCCGCGUACGCUCCGCCAGAUUUUCUGCGAGCCCCUGCAAACCCUUCAAAAGUCCGAAAUAACGUGCACGACAAGACGUGUGCGUGCAGACCCGUCGCGUCGCUUCAAGACGAAUUGGUAUUAAAAAUCCGGGUUGCCAAUACAGCGGAUCCAGAUUUCAUAGAGGUGGAAUUGGCGCGAAGCGAGCUGACAUAUCAGGCUCUGUUGUGUCUGUGCUGCAAGGAGCUGGCUCUCAAUUUGCAUCAAAUUCAGAAGCUGCGAAAACUACCGAACACCAGAUUGAGAAGAGACAAGGACAUUCAGAGACUUCAAAACUUGCAAGAGAUCGAGGUGGUCGUAGACGCGACGAACGUGUACAAGAGCAUGCAGAAUGCUAACGGUGUCGCCAACAGCUUGCCAACGUUGCCGGCUAAUGGAUAUCAGAGUAUAUCUAAGAAGGAUCAGACCAUUUUGUAUUGAUCAUCCGCAUUGAGAAGGCAAACCUUAAUCACAGUUUCAAAUAUUUACACACAAUCUAGUAGAUUAAUAAAACAGAAAUUAUUUGUUAAGCAAAAAA